AUGUGUACAUUUGUAAAUAUUACUACUGGUACUCUGCUGUUCAUUGUACUGGCAGUUCUGCUUGGUAUCUGUGCGGGACAGACGGAUAAUGGAACUUUAAGAGUUGAGUCAGCGCGUGAUACAGGUGCAACAGACACUACAGUUGAGUCAACUUCUGAGACGACUACCACAGACAGCACAACGAGUGACACGACUACCGUAGACAGCACAGUAAGUGACCCAACUACAGCUUCAGGGACUUCUGGAUCAACACCACGGUCAGAGAAUACCUUACUCAUUCAUUUCAUUAGUGAUCUGCAGUACAAUAUACUUCCUGUUGAUAGCGAAAUGGACUUAUGCCAGGUUACAACAGGAGUAAUAUCUGAAGAUUGCUUUGGAGGCUAUGGCCGGCUCGCUACAUACAUGAGGGACAAGAAAGUGGACACAGACAUCUGGUUGAAUGCUGGCAAUAUGUUGCAAGGCAGCCUGUUCAGUAUACUGAAGUUUGACCCCAUAGUUGAAGCUAUGAAUAGUCUUCAAUUUGAUGCUGUGGCAGCUGAACCUGGUAUGUUCAGAUAUGGUACAGAUGCAGCAGAGCAGAUUUAUAAGGAAGGUCUAAAAGAUGUAUUGGUCCCCUUUAAUUACAAAGAGCAAUCUACAAAACAGAUACAAAAAAGUGAAUGCAAAAUUGCAUUUGUUGGAUUUAUUGAUAAGGAAAAGGCAGAUGCCAUGGGUGUUAAUGAUGUAACAUUACAAGAUGAAAUGGAGUACAUUAAAAAAGAAGUGGCAGCACUGGUGACAGGAGACAAUGACAUUAUAAUUUUAAUGGGGACUACAUCCAAAGGCAAGGCGUUGGAGAUGGCUAAUAUUGAAGGAGUAGAUUUGGUGAUAUACAGUGGUGCUGAGGCAGCAGAUUUCUCACCUGAUAGUAACUAUCUCUGGAAUGAUACUCAAAAAAGUAAUGGUGAAAAGGUUUACAUUGCGAGCCUGAAAAUUGAUGCUACAAAACCAGAAUCUUUCUUCACAGUGGGAGAAAUAUCUCUGACAGUCACUGAUGACUGCACAGUGUCUGAUGCAAUAUUUAAUAAUGUUUCAGACUAUGGGCAAGCGAAUAUCAGUGACUCAUUCUAUGACCAAACAGUCGCCCUCCUGGAAGGUAUGCAGACAGCAGUUGCCAAAACAUCUGUCCCACUGACUGGAGCUGACAAUGUAUGCCAGCUGGGAGAAUGUCUGCUGGGCAACUUGGUGGCUGAUGCAGUGAUGUCAGCAGUUUCAACAGCGGAAGAGAUCCCGGUAAUAUUUUCUGUUUUUCCGACAUGGACACUGUUCACAAAUGUUUCUUUAACAGGUAAUAUCAGUGUGGCUGAUAUAUAUGGGAUCUUUGAGAAUGAUUCUUACAUUUAUUCUGUAACGCUGAAUGGGCAACAACUGAAAGAAAUGUUUGAAGAGGCAGUGUCUGACUAUAGGUCACCCUCUGAACCGAUGAAAAAUUUCCUGCAAGUAUCUAGUUACCUUCAUGCUACUUACAACCUGGAAAAUAAAGCAGGGGAAAGAGUGAAACAAAUACAAAUAUUUAAUAUUAGUGACCCUAGAGGAUUCAACACUGUGAAUCUUAAUGAUGCAACAAUUAGUUAUAAUGUAGCACUUCCAAAAUUUGUUCUGGAAGGAAAUCACUUCUCAUUUGUUAAGAGUGAAUCUUUGAAUCCUAAAUUUUAUAAGUUUACAUUCCUGGAUAGUUUGACUGACUACAUUUCAUGGAAAGGUUCACUUCAAAGCAGUGCUAUACCUGUUAUUCCAACAGUUGGUGAGAGAAUUAAAUUUUAUAAAGGAACAAACAAUUCUGGAGAAACCUGCUAUAACAAUACAGGAGAGGUUGUAAUAAUUACUCUGGUAAUAAUUGUGGUAAUAGCUGGUGCAGGAUUUGCUGGCUGGAAGUUCCUGUACCCUAAAUAUAGAGCAAGGCGAGGAUCAAGGAUAGCACUGAUUAUGUGAUCCUGGAAAAAAAAUUACAGUGUGGCUAUAAUGAAGACAAAAGACUGUUAUGACCAUAUACAAAAGAAAGUACCUGAUGGUUUUUAAUGGUUUUAAAGAUGUAAAGCAGAGCCUUGAUUAGAUUAUACUAAUAUCACUUUAUUGGAAUAUAAAACACUGUUUAAAUUUAUGUUUACAUUUAUCAGUUAUAGCAAAGAUAGCUUUAUCACAAAACUAUGUGAAAACUAUACAUUUUGUUUGACAAAUAUGAAGACACACACACACACACACACACACACACACACACACACACACACACACACACACACACACACACGAGAGAGAGAGAGAGAGAGAGAGAGAGAGAGAGAGAGAGAGAGAGAGAUCGUUUGACUUAAGGAAUAUUAGAUUUUUUUCAGCAAGCUAGUACGUCCUCACUUUGAGACUGCCUUGUGAAUAAAUUUAUAAAACCAAACAAAUGCAUACUGAUAGCAAUCCUUUUGCAUCUCCCUGUUUGAGAAGUAACUCAAUAUGCCACACAUGUUUUCAAGUGUUAUACUGUUGACUGAUUAUUUUGUCUGUCUAGUAAUAUGUCGAAUGUACCUCUAUUGUCUGUUGACAUGUAUCUCUAUUCACAAACAUAUUUAUUCCACAGACAAAAUGCAGUUGCAAAAUCAAGAAACUUUUGUCAAUAUUACGUUGCCAGUAUCUAACAAAAAAUGUUGUUAUUGUGAACUGUUAUCUCAGUUAUUGUAAAUAAUCCUGUAUUUCAUUCAAUACACU